CCCGAGAGCUUCCCUUCACACUGCGCUGCAGGAAGUGACUCAGUAAUCAUUUGUGUUCUAUGGCAGUGAUAGUCAACCUGGAUGAAUGGAGCACCCCAAGAUGCAUGAACUUCUCAAAGGGUACCUGGAAAUGAUGUGCGUGGCGCAGCACCCCGGCGCCGGCGGGGAGAGCAUCGUCACUGACGGACUGUUCGCCGCCGAGGAGCUGCGCAGGAACCACCCGGAGGACUUCAAGAUCCUCUCCUCCACCGACAUGUACUUCUGGGACAAGAGCCACGCCAACUACAGCUGGGAGAUGCCAGAGUUUUACAACACUGCAAAGUUCCCAGUCAUCAGGGUCAAUGGCAACAACGAGAUCGCUGUCAGUAACACAACCCGCGACUCUCACAUGGACAUUCCCCGACAGGAGGUCAAGAAAUACUAAGCUGCCUACAAGCACUUCUACAUCAUCCUGCACGUCAACGCUAUGACCUUCAAGAUGGAGC